AUUAAAAUGUCCAAAUCCAGCUGUUUAGGUCUUAGUUUUAAACCCAAAUUCCAUCUUCGUGAUCCUUCUGUUUCAAUUUCUAAUGAGUCUGUUCCCUUUCUUGGUUCUGAGUCUUUCCUUUUCCUUGGAAUGCCAAUUAAUGGAAACUUGUCCGAUGAUAAUUUCAAAUCCUCUCUAAUAAGCAAGGCAAAGACUUUGAUGGAGAAAUUGGACAAUUGCCCUGUUAGUUGUCGGUGGAAACUAAAAUUAUACCAAAAUGGAAUCUUCCCAAGAUUGUCGUGGUACCUGUCUCUACUUCCUCUUUCACCAAGCUGGCUGCAAUCUGAAUUAGAUAGAAUUGUUACAUCUUACCUCAAGAAAUGGUGUAAACUUCGUCGCUCGGCCUGUACUGCCAUCUUCUACCUCCUCCCACAAAAUGCUGGUCUUGGCUUACCCCGUUUGUCUACGUCUUCCAUCUCCCUCCAGUCUUCAAAAUCUGCCCGUCUCUUAUCCUCACAUGACAACUGUGUCCGCUCUUUGGCCACCAGUCAAGCAUAUAAUAAAUCGUAUAGCAACAGAUUCUCUGCUUUUAGAGAAGCAGCAAAGUCACUAUCUGAAACACCAGGUGCUUCUGCAGCAAAAUUGAGUGACAUCACCAAAUCAAGACUAAAGGAGGAACACCAAAAACAACUUCUUGCAAGAACUAAGAAUCUACAUGUCCAGGGAUCCAUCUUCCGUCUAGAGAACUGUUCAUCUGACGUCUGGGCAAAUGUUGUCUCUUGUCUUCCCGGUCAUCAACUCUCUUUUGUCCUCAAUGCCGUUUCUGAUACCCUCCCUUCAAAUGCUAAUCUUGUCCUAUGGAGUAAACGUUCUUGUGAUAAAUGUCCUCUAUGUCAUCAACGUCAAACCCUUCUUCACGUUCUCAAUAAUUGCUCAGUCCUCUUACAAUGUCGUCAUUACAAUCAACGUCACGACUCUGUUCUCAGUCUUCUCUAUAAUGCGGCUAUUAACCAUCUACCACAUCAAUUCAACAUCUUUGCUGAUUUAAAAGACUGUGAAGUAAAGUUUCCGUCUGACAUCAUUCCUACUGCACAAAGGCCUGACAUGUUGAUUUGGAAUAAUCAUACGCUCAAAUUUUAUGUCAUAGAACUAACAAUCCCUUUCGAAACAAACUUUUUUGAUGCAAAUAAAAGAAAAUCAGAACGGUAUACAGACUUCAUGAUGACCAUCAAAUCAAAAGGCUUCACCUGUAAGCAACUAAAUAUUCAAAUAGGAUCUAGAGGCUUUAUUGAUACUCCAAGUCUUCUUCCCUUCCUUGAUGUCAUCUCUAUUCCUCCUCACAAUCAACGUCAACUAUUAUCAUCAAUCGUAAAGGUGACAAUUGAAGAAUCUUUUAAAAUAUGGUUAGCCAGAAACAAUAUCUAGUUCUGUUUAUCCUAGUUUAGUUAU